GUUUAGGUUAACAAGGCAAGUCUGUUUUCUCUGGUAUUUCCUCAUUUCAGGCCUAUACCACAGCUACUGGAAUUUUUAUUGCUUGUUGAGUAGUAGAUUUACAGAGUAGGCUAUACUAGUACAGUCCAUUUUGCAAUGCCUUAAUUUAAGGUGACAGACUUUGGUUUGAUUUAAAAGCAGUUCCGACCGAAGUAAGCGCGGAAGAGGGAAUAUCCACGAUAUCCAGCUCCACGAGGUGCUGCUACACCAACCGGAGUUAUUAUUCAUCUGUGUGUGACACGGAAACAAGGCGUGACUCUCAGUAACCUGUCAUGGAUUUAAAAGCAAAUGACCUGACUAACCUGAAGUGACGGCUGCUGGAUGAAACUAUAGUGACCGAAGCGGUGGAAGGCAACUUCUGUUAUAAUCGAAACAUGGUCACAGUGGUUCCGCGCAGGCAGUGGGGAGCGGUGUCCCCUCGGUGCCGUAACACUUUGAAGGGUCCUGCCCAGAGAGCUGUGAUACACCACACUGCGCUGAGCUACUGUGAGAGUCCCUGUGAAUGUGUGGCAGAGCUCACCCGCAUCCAGACAAUGCACAUGCAAGACAGAGACUUUGAUGACAUUGGAUACAACUUUCUUGUCGGUGGAGAUGGUACUGUGUAUGAGGGUCGUGGUUGGGGUAUAGUCGGAGCACAUGCCAAGGAAAACAACCAUGAUUCUGUUGGCAUUGCAUUGUUGGGCAACUUCAACAUUGAUAGCCCCAGUCCUGCUGCCUUGUCUUCUGUCAGACAGCUUCUGCUGCACGGGAUCUCACAGGGAUAUCUGGACACUAGAUAUAUCCUACUUGGACACAGUGACUUGAGAGACACUGAAUGCCCAGGCAAACGACUUUAUGCUUCUCUACAUCAAUGCAAGCCUACCGAUUUUUGAUUUUGGAAGUGAUUUAUGUUCCACUAUGUGGAGCAACUUUUUGUCCAUUACCUUUGGAUUAAGCUUGGCACAUGAUGGGAGUCAGGUGGCUGAGCGGUUAGGGAAUCGGGCUAGUAAUCAGAAGGUCGCUGGUUCGAUUCCUGGCCAUGUCAAAUGACGUUGUGUCCUUGGGCAAGGCACUUCACCCUACUUGCUCCGGGGGGAAUGUCCCUGUACUUACUGUCAGUCGCUCUGGAUAAGAGCGUCUGCUAAAUGACUAAAUGUAAAUGUAAUGUAAUGAUGAUUACUCACUGGAAUAGAAAAUGAACCAUACUGAGAUAUAAUUUGUUCAUACAUUUAUAAAAAGAUUUUUUUUUUGUAUUUAACAAUCAUGAGCUGUUUUAUGAAGUUGAAAACAACAAGAACGAAAUAUUAACUUAUGACUGAAAGUAGUUUAACAAUUGUGUGGUGUUCGGAUCUGUUAGAACCCUGUUCAAUUCACACACAAAAAAAUAAAAUAUGUUCACAUAUUUUUUCAACUGUAGCUAAUUUUCUGUAAAGACAUCUCCAAUAGAAGUGUAAUUAAAGUUAAUAAAAA